GCUUAAUCCGGUCAGCCCCUCAUCAACGUCUCAUGAGAUAGCUCGUCGUCGUCUCAUCAACAUUUUCUGUAUAAUACCAUCACUUGAUAUGGUAACACUUGGGAUUUACAUAAAUGAAAUGCCAAUAUAUCCCCCCGUUUACACCACCGACUCCACUUCACAACCUCUUGCUUGAUUCUGAUAUCGUACCUGCCAUCAUUGAACCCGGCAUCCUCAAAGACGUCGUUUGAUAAAGUAACCUCGCCAUUUGAAUAUUAUCUCCAAAGGAAUUUUCAGUGAUCAAAUCAACUCAAGGAAAGGAGAUUAGUCUAAAAUAUUCACGAUGUCUUCCCUGGAAACCGUAGUGGUUCCAGAGGCCUCCCAAGAUACCAACGGCCUCGGAGAAGAACACAGUCACCCUCCCACCACCAAACCAGACUGGUCCAACCUCAGCGUCCUCCACAAGGACACCCUCCCACCCCGCGGCACCUUCCACAUCUACCCCACCGAAAGCGCCGCCCUAACCCGCGACGUCACCAAAUCCCGCACCCUCUCGCUCUCCGGCACGUGGAAAUUCCACCUAACGCCCUCACCCUUCUCACCCGGCGCUGAGGAAUUCCACGCCUCCGAUUUCAACACCUCAGAAUGGUCCGACAUUGCCGUUCCCGGGAUGUGGCAACUUCAAGGUCACGGGAAGGGACCGCAGUACACUAACUUGAACUAUCCGUGGCCGGUUGACCCGCCGAAUGUGCCGUUUGAUGAGAAUGAGACGGGGCAUUAUGUGAGGGAUUUUGAGGUCCCGAAGAGUUGGGUGGAGGGGGGGGAGCAGGUGAGAGUUAGGUUUGAGGGCGUGGAUUCCGGGUUUCAUGUUUGGGUUAAUGGGAGAGAGGUGGGGUAUAGUCAGGGGGCGAGGAAUCCGAGUGAGUGGGAUGUCACAGAGCUUCUCAAAGAGGGAAAGAAUAGGAUUGCGGUGCGGGUUUAUCAGAGAUGUGAUGGGUCGUAUCUUGAGGAUCAGGACCAAUGGUGGUUGAGUGGCAUCUUUAGAGAUGUGAAUCUCUUCGCGUUUCCCAAGGUUCAUGUUAAGGACUUCAAGGUUGAAACUGUCCUGAAGAAUAAUUACCAGGACGCGCUUUUAUUCCUCCGAGUCGAGCUCAGCGAGCCGGCUACGAUAAAAGUCAAGCUCCUUGAUGACGACUCGAAAUCUCUUAAAACAGUAGAGCAGACUUCACCACUCUCCACAGUCUUCUUCGAGAUCCCCAUGGAGAAGCUGCACCUCUGGACAGCCGAGACCCCCUACCUGUAUAAACUGGUCAUCUCAGUCGGCGAGAAACAAUGGAUAUCCCAGCGCGUCGGUUUCCGACAAGUAGAAAUCAAAGACGGUCUUCUCAAAGUCAACGGCAUCCGCAUCGUCAUCCGCGGUGUCAACAGACACGAGCACCACCCCGACCACGGCCGAGCCGUCCCCUACGAUUUCCUCCGCAAAGACCUCCUACUAAUGAAAACCCACAACAUCAACGCCAUCCGAACAUCCCACUACAUCAAUGACCCCCGUCUCUACGACAUAGCCGACGAACUCGGCCUCUGGAUCCUCGACGAGGCUGACCUCGAAUGCCACGGUAUGGGCGAGCUGGGCACUGAUUUCGCGUCCUGGACGAGCGAUAACCCCGAGUGGAAAGAAGCGUAUGUUGACCGCGCGAGGCAGAUGGUGAUGCGUGAUAAGAAUCACCCGAGCAUCAUCAUCUGGUCUCUCGGCAACGAAUCCGCGUAUGGGAGGAACCACAAGUCGAUGUACGAAUUCAUCAAGUCGUAUGAUAAGACGAGGCCGGUGCAUUAUGAGGCAGAUUUCAAUGCUGAGAGCGCGGAUGUGUUUAGCAGGAUGUAUCACAGUGUGGAGCAGAUAAUUGAGUUUGUGACGACGAAUAAGGCGGCGAAACCGAUGGUGUUGUGUGAGUAUGUGCAUGCGAUGGGGAAUGGACCGGGGGGGAUUAAGGAGUAUGCGGAUGCAUUUUAUAAGUAUCCUCGUUUGCAAGGUGGUUUCGUAUGGGAAUGGGCAAACCACGGCCUCCGCACCAAAACCGCAGACGGCGAGGAAUACUACGGCUACGGCGGCGACUUCGGCGACCUCCCCAAUGACGGCCACUUCGUCCUCGACGGCCUCGUCUUCUCCGACCACACCCCCACCCCCGGCCUAACGGAGUACAAGAAGGCCAUCGAGCCCGUGCAAGUCCUCUCCGAAGGCAGCACACCCCAGAAAAUCAAAAUCAUCAACCGCUACGACUUCGCCACCCUCGAUCAUUUGAAGUGUGAGUACUCCAUCGUCGGCGACGGGGUGGCGACGUCGAAGAAGAGGGAGGUGGAAAUACCCAGGGGUGUUAAACCGGGUGCGACUGCGAAAUUAGAUAUUAAACCCCUUGAUUUGACGGGGAUACACACAGAGUCAUACGUCGAACUCACCUUCACCCUCGCCAAAGCUACCAACUGGGCUCCAGCAGGUUUCGAGCUCGCUUUCGGACAAAUCCAGAUCCACGCCCCCUCCCCCCUCCCCCCUCUCUCCCUCUCAUCCCUCACCCUCUCCCCCAGCCCUCCUUGCCCAACAAUAACCACCCUCUCCCCCUCCCUCCUCCAAAUCACAACCCAAACAACAACAUACACCUUCUCCCCCCCCCUCUGCGCCCUCCUCAGCCUCACCCACCACCCCCACCCCCCCAUCCUCACUGCACCCCUAACACCCAUCUUCUACCGCGCACCAACCGACAACGACCUCCCCCCCUCUCACGACUGGCACUCCUCCUUCCUCCACCUCGCGCGCCCGCAUCCACUCUCCUUCACCACCUCCACUUCCGCCACCACCAACACCGCCACAAUCACCACCAUAACCCGUUUCGCCCCCCCCGUUCUAGCGUGGUCCAUCCUCCUCACAACAAUCUACACAUUCACACCAACACACCUCCACAUCCUACUCUGCGGCCACCCCUCCGGUCCCAAGCUCCCCGAGACUCUCCCCCGGAUAGGGCUGGAGAUGGCUCUCGCACCGCAGUUUAAUGUAGCAAAAUGGUGGGGAAGGGGACCCGGGGAGGGGUACGCGGAUACGAAGAUGGCGCAACGAUACGGAAACUGGGAAGCUGGGGAGGAGGAGUUGUGGACGGGGUAUGAGUGGCCGCAGGAGGGAGGGGGGAGGACGGAUGUUAGGUGGGUUGAAUUUUUCUCCUCCUCCUCCUCCUCGUCCGACGACGACGACGGGGAGGGGAAGGGAGAUACCCUUAAAGCAACAUUCGGCGCGCAAAACGGCUGCGGCUUCACGGCGAACUGUUUCUCAACCGCGGAUUUGGAGGAGUGUACGCAUGACUACCAGCUCCAGAAACGGAAGAGGGAGUGGGGGUGGGUGGUGAGGUUGGAUUGGAGACAGCAUGGGAUUGGGAGUGGGAGUUGUGGGCCGGGGCCGGCGGAGCAGUAUAUGUUGCGGACAGGGGAUUUUGAGUUUGAGAUCGUGCUGGAGUAGGUAGUUAUUCUUAUCGGGUUAGUUCACGGAGCCGCAUUUUCACAUCUUAACGGUUCAUAUGGC